UCAAUUGUAACAGAGAGGCUGUUUGUGCAUAUUGUAUUAUUGAAUUGAAUUGAUUUUCUUAAAGCCAUGGCAGACGCGGAAGGUGCCGCGGAAGCUCCGCCCGCCGAAGGCGGAGAAACCAGUGAUGAGAAACAAAGACAGGAAGACCUUGAGAGAACUGCGGAGAAAAUUGAAAGUCUUACCCACAUUGCCCACCGUAAAGCGUCUAUGUUCCCGCAGGGAGCGGCCACUCAGGAACGAGUAGAAGUGGACCGAACCGCGCUUGAGGCUAUCCUUGACGUCGGCUCACGGCUGAAAGACAUUCAGAAGAAAAGUAAAGUUUCUAUGAGCGCAUUGGCACUAGGCCAAGAGUCUUACAAAGAGAAGCAAGCUAAGGCAAAGGAGGCGCGUAACAAUCGCGUGGGAGGCCUGAAGACCCAGCACAGGUUUUUGCUCGAGAUGGCAGGCGCAAUUUUGAAUAAAAGUCCAGAAUAUGUACUGGAAGGUGUCUACGAUGCGGAUAUUCAUAUAGAUUUGUUGGACAGUGCAGUCGCUGAAGGUGGCCGCAAUUGUAUAGUUCUAUGUGAUGCCCUUUUACCACCAGUAAAGAUGGAAUCCGGCCGAUUUGUGCCCAACCAAAAAGGCAGAAUGGAGCGGACGUAUAUUUCAGAUGGUGGGACUAUUGGCACUUGCGGAAGAUGUGUCGCCAUGUACAGAAUAAAAAAUAAAGUUAUUGACACUAAAAAUGUUGCCGAUGAUUAUUACUUGGUCUUCAUUGACAUGAACCAAGAGACGGAAAACGUGGUAUCCGGAAUAUACAAGAUGUUGACAAACGCUUAUGUGCCGGCUCUAAAGGCGUGUAAGGCGUGGGGCGACAUCAACCCUCCGAACCCUAAGAGUGAUGAUAUGAUAAAAGAAUACGUGUCUAAAAUGAGCCUAUUUUUUGACUACUUAGCAAAGACCAAAAUCGACUUGGAUUGCUGUACAAGGUUUAAGGUGAAUGAGGUAUUGUAUGAGGAACAUCUAUCCGAUGAAGAGAAGAUGAAAGUUGCUAUUACAAAAACUUACGUUUUGGAAGAAAUUUGUUCCUUCGUGAAACAGUGGAUGAAACAGAUUACUAUGGUUUUAGUACAAAGUCAGCAGCUAAGAAGAGAACCGUCCAAUAUUGGCCCUUUAGCAGAACUGGAUCAUUGGAGACGCCAACUCACUACGUUCACGUCUAUCAUUGAGCACAUCAAGAGUGACCUGUGCCAGAUGUACAUACAUACACUUAUCCGGGCUAAAUCUAAGCUUAUAAAGAAAUGGAGACUAUUGGACAAUCAAGUUACAGAUUAUUACAAUGAAGCAUUUGAUAACGUUAAAUAUUUAUAUGCUUUGGAAAAAUAUUGCGAGCCUUUAUAUCGAUGUGAUCCACACACUAUGGAGCAAUAUAUACCCGGGCUUUUAUACACCGUGCGCAUGGUUUACGCUACCUCUCGUUAUUACAACACUACUAAACAAAUAUCAACUUUGCUGGUCAAAGUUACGAAUCAAAUACUUAACAUGUGCAUGGAUUAUUUGACCAAUAACGGAAGAAAGACUAUUUGGAAUCAAGAUAAACUGAACUUUAUUAGUAAAUCAUUGUUUUGUCUGGGUCUGUACAGCUUUUACCGUGAAUGUUAUGAUGAGACGCAAAAGGAAAUGCAAGAGGCAGCGGACGAAAAACCUUUCGGUUGCUCUGAAAUGUAUAUAUUUGGAAAGUUUGAGACGUUCAGGAGAAGACUUAUUAAGAUUAUAGAUUUGUUCCAAACGUAUAUCACAUACUAUGUCUUAAACAAGACUACCUUAGAGGGCAUUGAAGAACAUGCGGGAUUGUUUAAUAAAUUCUUUAAAGCUAUUUCUACCAAAACUUAUGAUGCUUUGGAUCAUAGACGACCUGAUUUCGACAAAGAUUACAAGAUCUAUAAAGACAACGUAGCUAAUCAAGAAGUGUUGUUAGAAAACUUUAUGAUAAAUAGCGUCAACAAAUGUCCUACAACUGAAAUAGCUCUGCAUUUGAUAAAAAGAUUUGAGAACCUCAAGUUGGGUUGCUUGUAUCUUGAAGACCAAUACUAUGAUUUGAUAAGCAAAUUUACUGCCGAGAUUGAAUCAUUACGUGACAGGUAUAAUGAAGAGAGAGAGAACCCAGACGUACCCUGGAACAUGCCUCCAGUGUCUGGGAGAAUUUUGUGGAUUAGGUUCUACGAUAAAAACAUUCAAGGCCCCAUGGCAGAGUUCAAGAAGCAAAAUGAAAUUAUAACACAUAUGAAUACGCAAAGAUGUAUAAAACUUUUCAACGUCAUGUACAUCGUGUUUACUGAAUUCGAGCUAAUUUACCAUAAAGCUUGGGCCGAAAAUGUCGGUCAGGUCAGACUGGGUCUCAUAGCGCCGCUUCUCAUAAGGCAUCCAACGACUAAUUUGUACAUUGUCAAUUUCAAUAUUUACAUUCCCGAAUGCAUCAGAGAAGUGGAAUAUAUGUGGCAAUUAGGACUAAGUGUGCCAGAUUCCGCUCAGGUCGUCGCAUAUUGUAAAGAUCAAAUAUUGGGAAAUUUUGAAAAAAUGAAAUAUUUAGUGGAUCGAAACAACAAAAUUAGAAAGAGCAUGCCAAAACUAUAUUUACCGCUGCUUCGAGCGCAGCUUGUCAAGAUGGAGAAAGCUUUCCAGCCCGGCCUCUCGACCAUAACUUGGACGUCUCUCGAGAUACCGGCGUACGUUAGCGCCAUUGAAGUUGUGCUUGAUGAAGUCGAUUUGUUUGUCAAAGAGGUGGUAGAUAUUAAAGAAGCUCGAAUUGAUGCUAUUUUGCAAUCAAUCACAAAGACCAUGCUGGUACUACUGCCCGAACAAGCGGUUGAUCCAAAUGUGUUCUACGAAGAUAAUCUAAUGAGACGCGACGAUAUUGCUACGGAGUUGCAACAUAAGUCAUGGAAUGCAGAAACUGCAGUGAUUGAACUUAUCAAUAAGUUUUUGGAGAGUGUUCCUAGCCAAGCAAUAAAGGAUCUAAAAGAUAAAUGGCUUGAUCCGGAAAAAGCCUUGAAACAAGUUACUUCAGCAACAAGAGUGUUUCCAGAAGAUGCUGCUUUCUUGGAAAUAGAAAACCCGGAUCGUUUUGAACCACAGCACGCGAUAAAUGAAGCUAACGAACUAUUUGCUUAUUUUGCUACAAAAUGCUUUGAAGCUCUUAUUAAAUGCACUCGGACCAGUCUCGAUUUGUUAAGACGCAGAGCUUCUGUCUCUAGUUUCCUAACAAUGACAACUGAUCCAGAAGAACAAAAGAAACUCAAACCUCUAAUGAAGACUAUGAUGUAUUUGCAAAUACCUCGUAUUUUAAUUACUCCAACAUUAGACGAGAUACAGUCUGCUUUCUCUCAAGUUGUGUUAAAUUGCAUCAUGGAUACCCACAGAAACGUAUUUCAAUGGAGUCAACAAGAUGCUAUAAUGAAAGAAGGCGGAGUCGGUUCUACUUCAGGAAAAUCUUUUUCAAUGUUGUCAAAAAGUAGCAUCGGUGGAUCAAAGACAGGAUCAAUGGUUGGUGGAGUCAAAAGUUAUUUCCGUAUGGUGUCCGAGCACAAAGAUGUUGUACGAGCCGUUAUGGCUUUACAGGGGAUGAUGUACAUGUAUAAGCCUGACAUUGAAAAGUUAUUAAAGACGUACGGUAGAUAUUCUUUCUUGUGGGCAGAUGACAGAGUGCAGCAAGUCCAAAGCUUUGUCGAUUCCAACCCUUUGAACGUCAUCAUCAGAGACAUGUUGAAGAAGUACGAAGGGCAGACGGAAGAAGUGAACAACUUGCCGGAGAGACAUAUUAUUGGAUCUAUACAGAUUAAUACGGAUAAUGUUAAGUUGGGUCUACACGUUGAAUCAAUCGAAUGGAAGAGGAUUCUGGGGAAACUACUGAGCGUGGCUUACAAGGAGCGCGUACUGAAGAUGAUGCAGUUCAUUAACGACCGCAUGAAGGCGAUGGCCAAGAAACUCAAGGAUUUAGACGACGUCCGUGUUGCGAUGUUGUGCCUUGCAAUGAUUCGAGAAGCGUUUAUUGACAUGGACAUGGAACUGGAUUUAAUUGAAGAAAGUUACGCAACAUUUAAUCAAUUUAACAUUGACAUAUCCAAAGAAGAUUCUGAUAUGGUAGACGGGCUGCGCUAUGCGUUCACAAAUAUGUUAGAAACUGCCGCUUCAGUACAACAAAGAAUAGUCGAUAUGCAGGGUCCACUUCAGAAAGAGCUAACCACUGGUGUGUCUACCUUUAUGCAAGAAGUGCUUAAGUUCGACGCUGAUUACGACGCGUUUGGACCUAUGACUCCGGGUUUAACAGCGCGAGAAGCUAGUGACAGAGUCAUAUUGUUUCAAUCGAGAUUUGAUGAACUGUGGAGGAGAUUUGAAAUGUAUUCCAGUGGUGAAAAACUGUUUGGCAUGGAGGUUAAGGAUUACCCCAUCUUACACGAAAAGAAAAAACAAUUCAACUUACUUAAUAAAUUGUACAGUUUAUAUUUAGCCGUCAUGAAUUCCAUCGAUGGAUAUUUUGAAACUCCUUGGUUAGCUAUUGAUAUCGAAACUAUAAUAAAUCAAUUGGCUGAAUUCGACAAGAGGUGUCGUAUGCUGCCAAAAGCGAUGAAAGACUGGCCCGCAUUCAUUGAAUUGAAAAACAAGAUUGACGACUUCAAUCAGACCUGUCCACUGCUAGAAUUGAUGGCUGAUAAGUCUAUGAAAGAUCGCCAUUGGAAGAGACUGGAAAAACUAUUAGGUUGUGUUUUGGAUGUGGAAUCGGAAACGUUUACAUUGGCUAACGUAAUGGAAGCACCGUUAUUGAAAUACAAAGAAGAUGUCGAGGAUAUCUGCAUCAGUUCAGUGAAAGAGAAAGACAUUGAAUCGAAACUGAAACAAGUAAUGGUUGACUGGGCCGUUGUUGAUUUGACAUUUGCACCAUUUAAAAAUCGUGGAGAUUUGUUAAUUAAGGCUCAAGAUACUUUGGACAUCAUUACGAUGCUUGAAGACAGCUUGAUGGUACUGAACUCCUUGGCGUCAAAUCGAUACAACGCGCCAUUUAAAAGAGAUAUUGUGUUAUGGAUAAACAAAUUGGUGAGCACCAGCGAAAUCCUCGAAAGGUGGCUGAUAGUACAGAACCUGUGGAUGUACCUGGAGGCUGUGUUCGUGGGAGGCGAUAUAGCCAAGCAACUGCCUGCAGAAGCUAAGCGAUUUGCGACAAUCGAUAAAACAUACGUCAAGAUAAUGUACCGUGCUCGAGACAUUAUCAACUGCGUCGAGACUUGCACUUCGGAUGACAGUCUGAAACAGCUACUGCCGCACUUGCUGGAACAGCUGGAAGCUUGUCAAAAGUCACUUACAGGAUAUCUUGAAACGAAGAGACUUAUCUUCCCUCGGUUCUUCUUUGUCUCAGAUCCAGUGCUACUGGAGAUUCUUGGUCAGGCUUCAGAUCCCCAUUCGAUUCAGCCGCAUUUGCCCAGUAUUUUCGAUGCCCUCAAUACGGUUGACUUCGAUGACAAGGAAAGAAUUGUUAACAUGAAUUCUGAUAACGGAGAAAAAAUACCAUUGGAUAAACCUGUUGUCUGCAUGGGUGGUGUUGAGAAUUGGCUAAAUGUCUUACUAGACACGAUGAAAGAUACUGUUCGAAAUGUGAUUGCAAACAUUUCACAAACCUUGGCUGGAGAUCCAGAAUUUGACUUCUUAGUAGGAUUUUGGACAUUCCCAGGGCAGGCGGGUCUCUUAGGCAUGCAAAUCUUAUGGACAAGCGACGCUGAAUAUGCACUUAAGAAAGCUAGAGCAGAUCGCUUUAUAAUGCGUCUUACAAACCAGAAAUUCCUCGAUUUACUAAAUGGUUUAAUCGAUUACACUGUCAAAGAUCUAACUCCUUUGGAUAGGACUCAAAUAGAGACCAUGAUUACAAUCCACGUGCAUCAAAGAGACAUCUUUGAUGAUCUUGUGAAGCUGAGGAUAAAAUCACGAGACUUUGAGUGGCAAAAACAAGCUCGGUUCUACUACUACGAAGAUAGUGAUGACUGUCUUGUGUGCAUCACAGAUGUCAUCUUUUUGUACCAGAACGAGUAUUUGGGCAUUACUGAGCGGCUGGUAAUCACGCCUCUAACAGAUCGAUGCUACAUAACGCUAUCACAAGCUAUUGGAAUGAACAUGGGCGGAGCUCCGGCGGGACCAGCUGGUACUGGCAAGACUGAGACUACCAAGGACAUGGCUCGAACCCUGGGCAAACUGGUCAUUGUGUUCAACUGCUCGGAUCAGAUGGACUUUAGAGGUUUGGGUCGUAUUUAUAAAGGUCUGGCACAGUCCGGGACAUGGGGUUGCUUUGAUGAAUUCAAUCGUAUUGAAUUGCCUGUGCUGUCUGUAGCAGCGCAGCAGAUUUAUAUUUGUCUUACUGCAAGGAAAGAGAAGAAAGAAUUCUUCUUGUUCAGUGACGGAGAUACAGUGAGCCUUAACCCAGAGUUUGCAUUUAUCAUCACGAUGAACCCUGGUUACGCCGGAAGACAGGAACUCCCCGAAAAUUUGAAGAUCCAGUUCCGUUCUGUAGCCAUGAUGGUGCCUGACAGGCAGAUUAUCAUUCGUGUAAAAUUGGCCAGUUGCGGUUUCAAAGAGAACAUUUUACUGGCUCGCAAAUUCUUCACUUUAUACAAACUGUGCGAAGAACAGUUGUCCAAGCAGGUGCAUUAUGACUUCGGGCUACGUAAUAUCCUAUCCGUGUUGAGGACUAUGGGUGCUCAAAAGCGUGCUAAUCCAGAUAAUACUGAAGAGAACAUCAUGAUGAGAGUAUUAAAGGAAAUGAAUGUAUCAAAGCUAGUAGAUGAAGAUGAACCUCUGUUCGUAUCUUUGAUUGAGGAUUUGUUCCCCGGUAUGAAGCUCACUCAAACAGUGCAAAGAGAAAUGCAGCGUGCUAUAACUGUGGUAACGGAACGGACAGGACUGGUCAAUCAUCCCGAUUGGAACUUGAAGAUUAUUCAGUUGUACGAGACUUCUCUCGUGCGACACGGUCUAAUGACUAUGGGCCCCACAGGGUCCGGCAAGACUACUUGCAUUCAUAGUUUGAUGGCUGCGCUAACUGUGAUUGGGAAACCGCAUAGAGAGAACAGGAUGAAUCCGAAGGCUAUAACUGCUCCUCAAAUGUUUGGACGAUUAGAUGUCGCGACUAAUGAUUGGACAGACGGCAUCUUCUCAACAUUAUGGAGGCGUGCGUUGAAAGUAAAGAAGUCUGAUACCACAUGGAUUGUGUUAGAUGGUCCUGUUGACGCUGUGUGGAUUGAAAACUUGAACUCCGUAUUGGAUGACAAUAAGACUCUAACCUUAGCCAACGGCGAUCGUAUAUCCAUGGCGUCCAACAGUAAAUUGGUGUUUGAGCCGGAUAAUGUCGAUAAUGCCUCGCCAGCUACGGUCAGCCGAAUGGGGAUGGUGUUUUUGUCGUCCUCUGUCUUAAAAUGGCAGCCGAUAUUAGAGGGUUGGUUGAAGAAAAGGGGUCAAAAAGAAGCUGAUUCUUUGCGCAAUGCGUUUAACAAGAUUUACGAUGAUGUUCAUGCAUUUGUACAACAGAAGCUUCCCGCCAAAAUGAAAUUACUCGAAGCUAUUUAUGUUCGGCAAUGCAUCGACGUACUAACUGGACUACUAUCUAUUGAGAUUCCUAGUGGAAAAAGUCACACGGAUCGUCAUUUGGAACGUCUUUUUAUCUUUGCCAUGAUGUGGUCUUUGGGAGCAGUGUUAGAGCUGGACGCGCGCACAAAAAUGGCUGAGUUUUUCACCAAACUGCCUGUGAAAAUGGACUAUCCGGGUGGCAAGUCGAAAGAAUGGGUCAUGCCAUUCGAGUACAUGGUCAAUCCAGCUGGACAAUGGCAACAUUGGUCGGAAAGUGUAGAAGAUUAUAUUUACCCGACGGACAGCGUGCCUGAAUAUGCUUCUAUUCUGGUCCCUAACGUCGAUAACGUCUGCAUUUCAUUCUUGAUCGAUACGAUUGCAAAACAGAACAAGGCCGUAUUGUUGAUUGGUGAGCAAGGAACUGCUAAGACAGUGAUGUUGAAGAGUUAUAUGGCAAAAUACGACAAUGAGGUCAAACUGUUUAAGAUGAUUAACUUUUCUUCUGCGACUACACCAAACAUGUUUCAGAGGAUUAUAGAAUCUUACGUGGAGAAAAGAGUUGGUAUGACAUACGGCCCACCGGGCAACAGAGCUAUGACUGUCUUUGUAGACGACAUCAACAUGCCCGUUGUAAACGAAUGGGGUGAUCAGGUAACCAACGAAAUAGUACGCCAAAUGAUGGAGUGUGGUGGAUUCUAUUCAUUGGAAAAACGAGAAUUCAUCAUCAUAGCUGAUAUACAAAUGUUUGGCGCAAUGAUUCAUCCAGGUGGCGGUCGAAAUGACAUCCCACCUCGACUAAAAAGACAGUUUAACGUAUUCAAUUGUACAUUACCCAGCGAUGUAUCGAUGGAUAAGAUUUUCGAAACCAUCAGUGCUGGAUAUUUCUGCAAGACUCGUUUCGAUAAGAAGCUUGUUGAUUUUAUGCCGAAGCUUGUGCCUGUAACACGUGUAAUCUGGCAACAGACAAAGGCCAAAAUGCUUCCGACGCCGGCAAAGUUCCACUACGUGUUCAACCUUCGUGAUUUGUCUCGUAUAUGGGAAGGCAUUCUCUUUAUCAAACAUGCCGGAAUAUGCGCCAUUCCCUUAGUGGGUGGUUCUGGCAAGCAAAGUUUGACAAAAUUGGCUUCGUUCAUUGCAAACUUUUCAUUCUAUCAGAUAACUUUAACCAGAUCAUACAACGUGAGUAACUUUAUGGACGACAUAAAAUAUUUAUAUCGUGUCGCUGGCUUACAAGGAAAGGGCAUUUCGUUCAUAUUUACUGACAAUGAUAUAAAAGACGAACAGUUCUUAGAGUUUCUCAAUAAUAUUUUGAGUUCUGGAGAAAUUGCUAAUCUGUUUGCAAAGGAUGAAAUGGAUGAAAUGUUAAACGAAUUGACUCCCAUCAUGAAGAAAUAUGCACCAAAAAGGAUUCCAGUUCCUGACGUAUUAUAUGAAUACUUCAUUAUGAGAUCGAGAGCUAAUCUACACGUAGUGUUGUGCUUCUCUCCAGUGGGUGAGAAGUUUAGAAGCAGAGCGCUAAAGUUCCCUGGAUUGAUUUCUGGAUCAGUGAUGGAUUGGUUCCAAAAAUGGCCAAAGCAGGCGCUUAUUGAAGUGGCUGACCAUUUUCUGAGCGAAUUUCAUGUCGUUUGUGCUCCUGAAACGAAAGUUAUGCUUAUUGAGAUUAUGGGCAUGGUUCAAGAUGACGUUGCCGAGGCGUGCAUUAUGUACUAUGACAGAUUCAGGAGACAGGCACACGUUACUCCUAAAUCAUAUUUGUCGUUUUUGGAAGGCUACAAAGUGCUAUACAAAGAGAAGCAUGUAAAUAUCGCAGAAAUGGCAAGAAGAAUGACGACAGGUCUUGAUAAAUUGGUAGAAGCAGCGGAAAGCGUAGACAUUCUGAAGAAAGAAUUGGAACUCAAAGGUAUAGAAAUUGAAGAAGCCACUGCUAAAGCAGAGGAGGUGCUACAAGCCGUGGCUGUGUCACAAGCGGCAGCCGAAAUAGUAAAAGGAGAGGUGUUGGAAGUAAAAGACCGCGCCGUGAAGCUCGUGGCUGUGAUAGCAGCGGAGACCGCUGUCGCGGAAGAAAAACUUGCGGAUGCACGACCCGCGCUUGAAGCUGCGGAGGCUGCUUUACAGACUAUUAAUGCUGGUGAUAUUGCCACUGUAAGAAAACUGGGCAAACCGCCGUUCCUUAUCACACUUAUUAUGGACGCUGUAAUUAUACUGUUCCGAAAGAAAAUUGAUCCUAUCAAGCCAGAUCUUGAAAAAAACUUUUUGACUGCUUCGUGGGCUGAGUCAUUGAAGGUCAUGGCUGAUGCAAGAUUUUUGAAUAACUUGAAAUUUUACCCAAAAGAUGAAAUCAAUGCUGAAAUGGUGGACUUAUUGCAACCAUAUUUCCAAUUCCCUCAGUACACGUUUGAAGCGGCUAAAGUGGCUUGCGGUAACGUUGCUGGUUUGAUUUCAUGGACUAUUGCCAUGGCUCAGUUUUACUCUGUGAACAAGGAUGUCUUACCCUUGAAAGCCAAUUUGGCUGUAAUGCAGGGAAAAUAUCUAGCUGCAAAAAAAGAGCUCGAAACAGCAGAGGCACUGUUGGAUGCGAAGGAGCGUGAGUUAGCUGGUGUCCAGCGACAAUUCGAUGAAGCUAUGACAUUGAAGCAAGCAGUGUUGGACGACGCUGCCAAAUGUCAAGAGAAGAUGGACGUGGCUACCUGUCUGAUCAAUGGGUUGAGCGGAGAGAGAAUCCGGUGGACUGAACAGUCUGCUCUGUUCAAGUCGGAAAUUGAGAGACUCAUUGGAGAUAUUGUGCUGUUAUGCGGAUUUUUGUCGUACUCUGGACCAUUUAAUCAAGAGUUCCGACAACUUUUAAUCAAGAAUUGGUUGAACGAGUUGAUUAGGAGAAAAAUACCAGUCUCUAUGAAUUUGAAUAUUACGGAUCAACUUACAGAUACAGCUACGAUCGGCGAAUGGAACUUAUGCGGCCUGCCAACGGAUGAUUUGUCUAUUCAAAACGGCAUAAUCGUCACUAAGGCAGCUCGCUUUCCUUUACUGAUUGACCCGCAAACUCAGGGCAAGAUAUGGAUCAAAAACAUGGAAAAAUUCAACGAUCUCAUUGUUACUACGCUUAAUCAUAAAUAUUUCAGGAACCACGUAGAAGAUUGCGUAUCAUUGGGAAGACCAAUGUUGAUUGAAGAUGUGUCAGAAGAACUGGAUCCAGCUUUAGAUAACAUUCUUGAGAAAAAUUACAUCAAAAUAGGUUCUUCAUAUAAGGUAAAACUAGGAGACAAGGAGAUAGACGUAACAGCCGGACAUAAGAUAUACAUCACGACAAAACUUCCCAACCCUGCCUACACUCCUGAAGUUUCAGCGAGGACCUCCAUUAUAGAUUUCACUGUAACCAUGCAAGGUUUGGAGGACCAGCUACUGGGACGUGUGAUUUUAACUGAAAAGGCAGAAAUGGAAGCGGAACGCACUCAGUUGAUCAUGGAUGUGACUGCGAACAGGAGGAAAAUGCAAGAGUUAGAGGCAAAUCUCUUACACAAACUAACCACUAUUCAGGGAUCUUUGGUUGAAGAUGUGUCGCUGAUUCAAGUGCUGAAUGUUACGAAGUCUACUGCUACGGAGGUAAAAGAAAAACUGGACAUAGCAAAAGAGACAGAGAUAAAAAUUAACUUGGCCCGAGAAGAAUUCCGGCCCGUGGCUACCCGAGGCUCCGUCUUGUAUUUCCUUAUAUGCAACAUGUCUCUUGUCUGUAAUAUGUAUCAGACCUCACUGGCUCAGUUCCUAGAACGAUUCGACAUAUCCAUGGAGAGAUCUCAGCCAAGUCCCAUAACUCAGAGAAGAAUUGGAUUUAUUAUUGAUUAUCUGACAUUUGACGUCUUCAAGUACAUAUCCAGAGGAUUUUAUGAAACGCAUAAAUAUUUGUUCACGUUGCUAUUGACGCUCAAAAUAGACAUGCAAAGAGAAUAUGUAUCAUUUGUCGAGUUUCAGACACUCAUUAAAGGUGGCGCUGCGUUGGAUCUCAAUGCAUGUCCCCCGAAACCAUAUAAGUGGAUAACGGAUAUGUCAUGGUUGAAUUUAGUGUACCUCACGGGCCUGCGUCAAUUCACUAAUAUAUUAAACCAAAUCACGAACAACGAAAAAGGAUGGAAAAAUUGGUUUGACAAAGAGGCUCCCGAAGAAGAACCUUUGCCCGAUGGCUAUCAUACUCUGGAUGUUUUCCGAAAACUUUUAGUAGUCCGAUCCUGGAGUCCUGACAGAACUCUUGCACAAAGUUUGAAAUACGUUGUAUCUUCAAUGGGCCAAAGAUAUUCAGAAGCCGUAAUUGUGAAUUACGAGCAAAUGGUUUUGGAAUCCCGACCCCUUGUGCCAUUGAUAGGCUUUUUGGCCAUGGGUUCUGACCCCACGCCGAACAUUGAGGUAACAGCUAAGCGACUGGAGUGUCUCUGUUCUGCUAUAUCCAUGGGUCAAGGGCAGGAAGUUCAUGCUAGGAAGCUGAUAGAACGCGCCUUGAAAGAGGGUAUGUGGGUAUUGUUACAAAACUGCCAUUUGGGCUUGGAAUACAUGGUGGAGGUUAUGGAACAGUUUGCGGAAUUAGAAAAGGAACCUGAGAAAGUUAACGAAAUUUUCAGGUUGUGGAUCACCACUGAAGUCCAUCCCAAGUUUCCGAUUACAUUAUUGCAAAUGUCUAUUAAAUACACUUGUGAACCUCCAUCAGGUAUCAAGGCCGGUCUUAUGAGAACAUAUGACUCAAUGAGCCAGGAUUUCCUCGACUACAGUGAUAGUCCCUACUAUCUGCCUUUAAUCUACACUAUAUCGUUCUUGCACACUGUAGUGCAAGAGAGGCGUAAGUUCGGACCCCUAGGUUGGAACAUACCUUAUGAGUUCAAUUCAGCCGAUUGGUUGGCAUCCUGCAUGUUUGUACAGAAUCAUUUAGACGGGUUGGAGCAAGGCGAAUAUAUUAGUUGGACAACAGUUCGGUACAUGGUAUCAGCUGUGCAAUACGGCGGUCGAGUGACUGACGACUACGACAACCGUCUCCUUGUCACCUUCUGCCGCGUCUGGUUCACCGACCAGCUGUUCACUGAAGACUUCCAGUUCUACAAGAGUUACGGGAUCAUGAAGUUUAAGAAUAUUCCGGAAUACCUCGAGGAGAUCGAGAAGAUGAAGACUGUUGAUCCGCCCCAGGCUUACGGACUGCAUACAAACGCUGAUAUUACUUACCAGCGAAGCAAGACUCAGACUCUCCUAGAUACGAUUCUGUCUAUUCAACCCAAAGAAUCGGGUGGCGGAGGCGGAGAAACUCGAGAAGCAUCGGUGUAUAGACAAUCCAAAGAAAUGUUGGAGAAAAUUCCACCUAAUUUUGAUCCUUUCCAAGUAAAAGAAAGGCUAAGGAUAAUGGGCCAAUAUAAUUCUAUGGUAAUUUUCCUUCGACAAGAAAUAGACCGAAUGCAAAAGGUUAUUGGCUUAGUGCGAACUACGCUAAAAGAUUUACUUCUGGCUAUAGACGGCACUAUUAUUAUGAAUGAGGCACUGCGCAAUUCGCUAGACAGCAUCUACGACGCCAAAGUGCCAGCGAUCUGGCUGAAGAGUUCAUGGUCGUCGUCCACUCUCGGUUUCUGGUUUACGGAGUUCUUGGAGCGCAACAUUCAGUUCUCGACUUGGUGCUUCACAGCAAGGCCGAACUCCUUUUGGAUGACUGGUUUCUUUAAUCCGCAAGGUUUCCUUACGGCUAUGAGACAAGAAGUGACUAGAGCUCAUAAAGGUUGGGCUUUGGACAUGGUUUCUCUGCAUAACGAUGUCACCAAGUUUGUUUUAGACGAUGUGAAAGCUCCUCCGCCUGAAGGCGUGUUUGUUCACGGUCUGUUUCUGGACGGAGCGGGCUGGGACCGGAGGAAUCUCCGUCUAUGCGAAUCUACACUCAAAGUUCUAUACACAGCCUUGCCAGUAAUACACGUAUAUGCGAUUAAUUCUACUGCGCCUAAGGAUCCCAAAUUGUAUACGUGCCCCGUGUACAAGAAGCCUGUACGUACUGGACUGACGUUUAUCACGCCACUAUGGCUGCCGACGAUAAAAAACCCCGACCACUGGGUACUGCGUGGAGUUGCCAUACUGUGUGAUAUUAAAUAAACUGACGACUCUAGUAUUAAAAUGGUUAUUCUUAAUUAAUAUGUCUGCGCUCUAACUAACGCGACCCGUAUAUUGUCUUACAAAAUGUGUGGUCGUGGUAAUUAGAUUCAACUACAGACAUAUUCCCAGAUAAUGAUCGAGAACACAUUGUGUUAAACUGAAAUACAGUAUUCCUGUCAGCCUCACGAAAAAAACCAAAAGGAAGAAAUGCUGAUUUUUAGCAUUUUUGCUUAUUUUUUUCUAAGAGCCCCAUAAAAUAUAGGUGGCCUAUCUGUAAGAAAGGUACAUUUAAUGAAACGAAGAUAUAUUAUGAGAAUUUUAACCCUUAAAACUAUAUUUUUAUAAUAAUUUAUGUGGCUCUUAAUAAGGUUGUUGAAAGUGCAAUGGAAACUGUUCAUUUUAUAUAAUUUAUGUU